ACUACCCUUUUUUUUUUGUAAAUUAUUGUGUAUGAGCAUCACCAUGCGUCAAAAAGAUCUACGCCCAGCCCCAGCUCUAAUCGAGUACAAGGGCAUGAAGUUCCUAAUCACCGAUCGACCAUCAGACAUAACAAUUAAUCAUUAUAUUAUGGAGCUUAAAAAGAACAAUGUGAACAUUGUGGUGCGUGUUUGUGAGCCAAGUUAUAAUACAUUAGAACUGGAGGCCCAGGGCAUCAAUGUCAAGGAUUUGGCCUUUGAGGAUGGCACCUUCCCGCCGCAACAAGUCGUUGACGAGUGGUUUGAGGUCUUGAAGGAUAAAUAUCAACAAACUCCAGAGGCAUGUGUGGCCGUUCAUUGCGUGGCCGGUCUGGGACGGGCUCCUGUUCUGGUGGCCCUGGCACUGAUCGAAUUAGGCUUGAAAUAUGAGGCAGCUGUGGAAAUGAUUAGAGAUAAACGACGUGGAGCCAUCAAUGCCAAACAGCUAUCUUAUUUGGAAAAAUACAAGCCCAAGGCGCGGCUAAAGCACAAAAAUGGCCAUAAGAAUUCAUGUUCUGUGCAAUAGAUUUCCAAACACCAUAUGUAUAUUCCCACCAGAUAAAAAGUGUUCAUUUUUUCAAAAAAAAAAAAAAAAAAAAAAAAAAAAAAAAAGAAGAAGAGAAAAAGAAA